CCGCCGGCGCGGAGCGUCUCAGCGAUAACCCAAACGAUAUCGAUGGCGGCGGCGGCGGCGCUAACCGUGCUUCCGCGCGCGGCGGGCGUACUGCGCCUCUCGCAGCAUGGGAGGUCUGCCUCCCGCCUACUCUGCGCCGCAGCCGGCGACGGCGAGGCGUCCCCGGCGCCGCGGGCGGGGAGGCUGGUGCUGUACACGAAGCCCGGGUGCUGCCUCUGCGACGGCCUCAAGGAGAAGCUCCAGGCCGCCUUCCUGCUCGCCGGCACACCCUACUCGCUCGCCUCCCUCGAGCUCCAGGAGAGGGACAUCACGACGAAUCCGGAUUGGGAGCAGAUGUACCAGUACGAGAUCCCGGUGCUCGCCAAGGUUCUUCCCGACGGCAGCGAGGAAAAGCUUCCCAGAUUAUCGCCUCGUCUAAGCGUGGAGCUCGUGCAGAAGAAAGUGUUUUCUGCCUUUGAUCAGUAAGAUAUUUUCACAGUUUCUUUCAGAAGGUGUUUUUUUUCUUCCAGUUUUGAGUCAGCAGCUAUGAGAAUGCCGAUGGAUAAUGGAUGGCAUAUGUGAUCUUUACUUGUUGUAAUCUUUAUUAAUCUCUAUGGAUUUGAGAAAUUAUACACUAAUUUUUCUGGA